AUGCCACGCCAGUGCGAAAUAUGUCAGCAAGCCAGGGCCGUUCUGCGUCGGCCCAAGACAGCACAGCGGAUCUGCAAGGACUGCUUCUACCAUGUCUUUGAAACCGAAGUACACAACACCAUCGUUGACAACAAGCUGUUCAAGCGCGGCGACCGCGUAGGCAUCGGUGCGUCGGGCGGAAAGGACUCGACAGUCCUAGCCUACGUGAUGAAGACCCUGAAUGACCGCCACGACUACGGGCUCCACCUCUACCUCCUGUCCAUCGACGAGGGAAUCGCCGGCUACCGCGACGACUCGCUGGAAACCGUCAAGCGCAACAAGGAGCAAUACAACCUGCCUCUUUUAAUAGUCUCCUACGAGCAGCUGUAUGGCUGGUCAAUGGACUCGAUUGUCGAGGCCGUUGGGCGGAAGAACAACUGUACGUUCUGCGGCGUGUUCCGUCGCCAAGCUUUGGACCGCGGCGCAUUGAUGCUGGACCUUGACCAUAUUGUUACUGGCCAUAAUGCUGAUGACGUGGCAGAGACUAUUCUGAUGAAUAUAUUCCGCGGUGACCUCCCCCGACUCAGUCGCUGUACAGAGAUUGCGACCUCCGGUGACGGCUACAUGGUGCGCUCGAAGCCGUUCAAGUACGCGUAUGAGAAGGAGAUAGUCAUGUACGCGUACCUUAAGCGCCUCGACUAUUUCUCUACUGAAUGCACUUAUUCGCCGAAUGCGUACCGCGGCUACGCGCGUGAGUUCCUCAAGGACCUCGAGGCUGUCCGGCCAUCGGCCAUCCUGGAUAUCAUUCAUAGUGGGGAGGCUAUGCGGAUUGCGCAGGAAGUUGUUAUGCCAGUGGUUUCGAGGUGCGAACGCUGCGGGUAUAUUUCCUCAAACACUGUGUGUAAGGCAUGUGUGUUGCUUGAGGGGCUGGAGCGUGGGUUGCCGAAGCUGGGUAUUGCGAAGAGUAUGAAGAAUACCCAGGACCUGUUGGCUGAAAAAAUUUCCCGUGUUAUCAUUUGCUCAAAAAUGGUCAGUGCCUGUUCUGGAGCCAAACAAUAA